GCUGAUGUGGGUCAUAUGAAUAUAUAAAUGUAUGUGAGCACUGAGCAGAGCAGCGCGUCGCUCUGCCUUCAGCUCAUCAUGGCGGACUCCAGCAGCAACCACGUCCACGUUUUAUUCUCCUUUUCCGUGUUUUCGCGUCCGUCUUCGGUGGCUCUCGGCUCCGGGUAUGAAGUGCUCGUCCAGAAGUUUCUCUCCAUCUACGGGCCUCAGAUCGACGUGCAUCGCAAAUUCCUCAUUCAGGUGUUCUCGGAGGAAUGGGGGCAGUUUAUAGACCUGCCCAAGGGAUUUGUCAUAUCGGAGAAAUGCAAGCUGAGAUUAGUUCCUCUUCAGACGGAUAUCACUACAUUGGGCAACCUUUCUCCAGCCACCACCAUUUUCUUCUGCUGCGACAUGCAGGAACGGUUCAGGCCUGCCAUCAAGUACUUUGGUGACAUCAUCAGCGUAGGCCAAAGACUGCUCCAGGGUGCCCGAAUUUUAGGGAUCCCUGUCAUCGUGUCAGAGCAGUACCCUAAAGGCCUGGGUAGCACUGUACAGGAGAUGGAUCUGACUGGGGCCAAGCUGGUCUUCCCUAAAACCAAGUUCUCCAUGGUAUUGCCAGAGGUGGAAGCUGCGCUGGCCGAGACUCCUGGAGCCCGAAGCAUUGUGCUUUUUGGAGUAGAGACCCAUGUGUGCAUCCAGCAGACAGCCCUAGACCUGAUUGGGAAGGGGUUUGAGGUGCACAUUGUAGCAGAUGCAACGUCCUCCAGAAGCAUGAUGGACAGAAUGUUCGCACUAGAGCGGCUCGCACGCACCGGCAUCAUCAUCACCACCAGCGAGUCGGUCCUUCUGCAACUCGUGGCAGAUAAAGAGCAUCCGAAGUUCAAAGAAAUCCAGAACAUCAUUAAGGCCAGCGCUCCAGAGUCAGGCCUCCUCUCUAAAGUCUGAGCGGCAUGAGGUGCUAAACUUACUUCCACUGUUGGCUUCAUUUAAUGUCCCUUAGAGAUUCUGCAGCCGUGGUGGGUGUUUUGAAGUUGUAAAGUUACCUCAUAUAUUUGAAAUCGUUCCAAGCUUGUGUUUGUAGACGAUGGUGGAUUUUUUUUUAUCAGAAUUUCGUCUUAGAUGUGCCGUGCAAUAAACCUGGUUAGUCCAACGUAUUUUUCAGUGUAAAAGAUUUCUUGUUUCGCAAAAACCAAAAUCUACAAAUCUGGCAUAGCGAGUUAAAUGUAAGUUAAAUGCGUUUGUUUAAUGCAACAUCGUGCUGUUGCUGGUUACGACACCACUGGAAGUAGGAAUGUAGCUACUCUGACAACCAUAACAGCCUGGAAGUCUAUCCUUACCUUACCUUACCUUACCUGUCUCUCACCAUUUUCUUUCUAAACUUUAAGAAUACAUAAAUUGCUGUACGUACAAAAUCGAAAUAUAUAUAUACCGUGUGUGGAAAAUGUAUUAACAGUUGAGACGUACAGUAACGUUCGGUAGAUGAUUACAAACAGUAGUACCUCUGUGACUUGGCUGAACACAAGGUCUAAUUAAGAGAUGAAUAAUCCACUGGAGCAUGACGACUUGCACUGCAAUACAUAUCUGUGCUGAAUUAUUAACGUAAUAUGUUUAGUACUGUGUUUCUCUGGCAUUUGGCUCCAAUAGGGCUAUAAAUAAUGAUCAAAAUA